AUGGACCGUUUUCGAGAGCCACCAACCCACGGUGCAAUGUGCGACAUUCUUUGGUCAGAUCCGACGGAAGACUUCGGUCAGGAACGAUCAAAUAACCACUUUUCGCAAAAUACAGUCCGCGGUUGCUCCUUCUUCUACUCCUACUCAGCAGUCUGUUCUUUCCUUCAGGCCAACAACCUUCUUUGCCUCAUUCGUGCUCAUGAGGCCCAAGAUGCUGGGUAG